CAUUCAAGCGUGCACCUGAUGUGGUUUGGUCACUUUCUCGUAGGAAUUACCCUGCUGCUCCACUGGGUCUCAGCUAUUACUCCUGAGACUCUGGAUGGCAUGACUCAUCUCUGUUAAACCCACCAGAACUAAUUACCUGGACAUCUUAUGACUUGAAAAAUGUAAGAUUGAAUCUGGCCUUUACUUGGGACCAGCCGAGGACUGUGUGCACAGUGAGAGAUGGGAUUGCACCUGGAGGAAAUGAAAAAAAAGAAAACCAGAAGCCCCUCGGUCUUCUGCAACAUAAAGUUGUUUGUGCUGUGCCAUGGCCUACUGCAGCUGGCUCAGCUUCUACACAGUGCUUACAUCAAGAGCAGCAUCACCACCAUCGAGAAGCGGUUUGGGCUGAGCAGCUUCUCCUCCGGCUUCAUAUCCAGCAUGCAUGAGAUUGGGAAUGCAUUGCUGAUCGUGUUUGUGAGUUACUUUGGGAGUCGUGUCCACCGGCCGAGGCUGAUCGGUGUAGGUGGGGUCCUCAUGUCCCUGAGCGCCCUCCUCUUCACCUUGCCUCACUUCCUGUCACAGUCAUACCAGUACUCCCCUGUGCUCGAAGGAAACCACAGCAGUCUGUCCUCGGAGCUGUGCCAGCCACGCGAGAAACCCUCACUGCUGUGUGUGAAAGCAGACUCUCUGCAGGCUGGUGCCACCAAGAGGGAGUGGCUCCUAAUGGCAGCUGCUCAGCUGCUGGCCGGGGUUGGCUCUGUGCCCAUCCAGCCUUUCGGUAUCUCCUACAUUGACGACUUUGCAGAGCCAAGAAACUCUGCACUGUACAUCGCAAUCCUGUUCUCAAUAUCGGUCUUCGGACCAGCUUUCGGGUACCUUCUGGGUUCAGUGAUGCUGCGAAUCUAUGUUGAUAUAGGCAGGAUGAUGCCAGGUGAAAAGGAGCUGAGCCCUUCUGACCCACGCUGGAUCGGGGCAUGGUGGCUGGGGUUGCUGGUCUCUGCUGGCUGCUUGGCUGUCACAUCCAUACCUUACUUCUUCUUCCCACGCCACAUGCACAGGGUCACUGGCAAGGUGAAUGACCAUGACGCUGACAUGCUGAAGGAGGAUUUGAAGAAAGAGGAGGUUUCAAUGCUUGUCUUUAUUAAGAAGUUCCCACGCAUGUUUGUCAGGCUGCUGCUCAACCCGCUCUUCAUGUUCCUGGUUCUGGCGCAGUGCAGCUUCUCGUCCGUGAUUGCCGGCCUCGCCACCUUCCUUAACAAGUUCCUGGAGAGACAAUACGGCACAACUGUUUCUUAUGCCAACCUGCUCAUCGGCUCCAUUAACCUGCCAGCUGUGGCAGUGGGUAUGCUGCUGGGAGGGAUCAUCAUGAAGAAGCUGACUCUCUCCCUGAAAGCCAUCCCCAAAUUUGCCAUCAGCAUGCUGCUGAGCUCCAUCCUCCUCUGCGUCCCCCUCUUCUUCAUGGGCUGCUCCACACAGAAGAUCGCCGGGGUCUCCCACCCACCUCUACACACCAACUCCUCGCAAUGGAACCAGACGACUGGGUGUAACGCUGCAUGUUCCUGUCCAUCUCACAUCUUCCAUCCUGUCUGUGGCUCCAAUAACAUCGAGUACUUAUCACCAUGCCACGCCGGCUGCAGGAACUACCUCCCUGACAGCCAGCUCAGCAGAGUCCUGAACUACACUAACUGCAGCUGUGUGGAAGCAGAUGAGAGCAGCGGGCCAGGUUCAGCCUUCCCAGGGUCCUGUGCUAACAGCUGCCCACACUUCCUCCUGCCUGUUAUCUUCCUCAUCUCCUUUGCGGGCCUCAUAGCCAGCCUCUCCCACAAUCCCAUCUACAUGAUGGUGUUGAGACUCGUAGAAUAUGAAGAAAAGUCGUUUGCAAUAGGAAUACAGUUCCUGCUCAUGAGAUUACUAGCAUGGUUGCCAGCACCGGCGCUGUUUGGGGUAAUCAUUGACACGUCCUGUAUCCGGUGGAACAAGAUCUGUACUGGGAAACUGGGGGCCUGCAAUUACUAUGACAACAACCUUCUGAGAAAUAGGUACCUUGGUCUCCAGAUGGCAUUUAAAGCCAUGGGGGUCCUCCUGCUGGCCCUGGCUGGGUGGAAAGUUCAAAACACCAAAGAGUACAGCUUUCAAAAAACAAGUGAUGGGCUGGUCUAAAUCUCAGCUUUCACUUUCAUUAAGAACAAUCACAUCUCAAAACACAUCCACUACCAUAUGUGCAGAAGCCUCAAAUGCUGGUUUUGAACCUGCUGUCUGGCUUGUUAUGCUGAUGAUGUAUCCCAUUCUAUUGCCUUCAAAUAGGGAUCUUAACUCAGCUUUGAUAAGGACAAAACCACCAGCAGUCAUUUGUAGAGGCUCUUGUCAGGGAGCCCACAGUUUGGAAUACCUCACAAUUAAAGCUCUUCUUUGGGGAGAUUGAUGAAUCAGUAGCUAGGAGAUUUCAUUUAACUCUAAAUUAUUUUAGGGGAUCAUUUGAAAAUAAUACUGCACCUACAAUAUAGGCAUCCUACAUUUGGUUUUCAUGAUAAGGUGUGGGAUUAUAAUGAAGACCUGUGGUCCCAACUGCUCUGUAAACUGUGGAAAAGUAGGAUACACAAGUCUUCAUUUUCCGAGUUCACUGUCUGCUUCCCAACAAUCUUGUAUAGCAACCCUUCAAUGAGCUUAACCUAUGUCUGUCAGUGCAAAUACUCUAUUGAAUACAUGUUUAAUAUGAACAUAUCUGUGCUGUUCCUUCAAAACAAGUGUUUCCAAAACAAAAAAUGUGUUUCACAUUUGGGACUUUAAUUUUGCUAUGCAGUGACCUUAGAACUGUUCCCUGUAACCUCUAUAUUAAUACCAAUGUUGGGUUAGCAUCACAGAAUACAAUGCAAAUACAGUUAAUUAUUUGCCAGAAUAACUGGCAACUUGAAUAUGAAAUUCAAGCAAAUUUAAUGUUGUUUUUUUAAAAUAUAUUUUAAUAAAAACAAUUUUCUAUAAA